AAUAUCUGAUAUACUUGCAGUUAGUUUUGUAACCAAGAUGAUGAUGUUAUCGGCGAUAUUCGUGGCAAUGCUUCUCAUUCCAUUGGCUUCUGCACAGCCUGAGACGCUGGGAGGAGUUAACUGUAAGGCAUACAGGAACCGCUACGGACCGGUUUGUAAGUCCGAUACCGUCAGUCUUCCAAGGCCAAGAGCAACAAUUCAGUACAAAAUAACUGUUAGAGGGAAUGCAAGGAUAUGCUGUUAUGCCUACACGUGCUCAAGAAUCUCCUGCUAUAUGAAGUACAUUGGAUGUGGCCGUGGCACAUGGAGCUCCUCAACUCUUCCAUGGGAAGGCGGCAAUCUUUUGGCCAGACCAAAAAUGAAAUGCAAAACCAGAAAUCGUCGGACUGUGCGUUAUGAUUAUAAAACUAUACACUGAAGUGCUAUUCAACUACAUGAAAAACAACGAAAUUCAAAGAUUGCAAUAUCCUGUAAUGUUUUCAAGAUAAUAUAUCUUAAUAUGGUUAUUUAUGUAACAAAUCAAACGCAAAGGAAAACUACAUAUAUAAAAUAAAAAGAGUUUUAGAGAAACA